GACCUACCCAUUUCCCUUUAUUUCCAUAUAUUCAUAUACCGAUGAGUAGCAGCGAAACGGUGUAAGGCGGACCGACCUCGUGAACUCGGGGAGGGAACCUAUUUCCGUGCGUUCAUCUCCUCCUCUAUAAUUACGGCGAAUACGGACGGAGAUAUUAGCUGGGUAUAUUUCCCCGAUGCGAGGAUGCCCGCGGACCGCCGAGUAGAAGUAGUAGGGCUAGGGACCAUUGAGACGCUCCCCGACUGACUGCCCUAUACCUAUCUCGAACGUUUUCUAUGGCUCGGAGUCGAUAGCGCCCAAGCACGCCAAUCCCCGGUAUCGAGCCUGGAGGCCAAUGUCCGCCGACUUCUGGGCCGGCUAUCUUAGCGGGGCUGUCGGCAUCUUGAUCGGAAACCCCCUCGAUCUCCUCAAAGUUCGCCUCCAGGCGCGUGACGCGAUACCCGUCCAGACCGCCACGUCAUAUGCCCGACAGUUCGAGACCAGGUCUGCCCUGGUGGCCGGAACUGCCGCGCCCGUCCUCGGCUAUGGCGCGCUGAAUGCCCUCCUAUUUGUUUCGUACAAUCGCAGCGCGGCCGCCAUCAACACCGCCCUAGCCGUGCCGCCGAACCUCUGGACAACCUGGUUUGCCGGCGCCAUCGGUGGUCUGGCCACCUGGGUCGUGAGCACCCCAACCGAGCUGAUCAAGUGCCGCGCUCAGCUCUCGUCCCCGCCCGCUUCCAGUUGGACGAUCGCAAAGCAGGUCCUAAGGUCUGAGGGUGUUCGGGGCCUGUACUUCGGCGGCGUGGUCACGGCGCUGAGAGACAGCAUCGGGUAUGGCUUCUACUUCUGGUCCUACGAGCUGAGCUGCAAGUGGGUCGAGUCUGGCAGGCAGAGCCCCUCCGCCUCCUCCCAGGAUGCGGCCAAGGUCUUGCUCUGCGGCGGGCUGGCUGGGAUCGUCACCUGGGCGAGCAUAUUCCCUCUCGACGUGAUCAAGACGAGGGUUCAGGCACAGACUCUCGGUGCGGUCGCGACCCCGUUGCUUAACCCAACUCCUCCGGCGCGGAAGCGCUUAGGCGCGGUCGAGAUCGCCAGGGAAGCAUACAGAGAAGGCGGCAUGCGUGUCUUCUUCAGGGGCCUGACCGUUUGCAGCGUUCGGGCAUUUGUCGUCAACGCGGUGCAGUGGGCCGUAUACGAAUGGAUCAUGUUCAAACUAGGGCAGGGAAGGCAUAAUAAGCCGGAGCCAACAUAAGCAUUAUAUACCUAGGUAUAUCAUAUGCCUCUUCUAGUCCCGACUUGAGCUAUCUAAUCCGGGCACCCCCUCGAUCUACCUAGCAGAAUCUCUUCCUACUAACGAGGCUAAAAUAACAAUUACCUACCCAACUAUGA